GCAGAAGUUGCCACCGUUCCGACACCAACUUUUCACCUCCGUAACACCUGCGAAUGGAUGCGCACUUCACUAAUGACAAGGUCUUGAGACGCUGUGCCUCCUUGGUUAAUAUCUAAGACAACUCGCGUUGGGUUGAAGCGCGUGCAUUGCAUUGUUACGCCUCGGAUGUUUUUUGGUAGGUGAUUAGUGUCCGGUAUAUGUUCUCUCAACGGGACUAGUGGUGUCUUGGAGGUCGCGAUCGAAAGGUGCGAUGAAGCUGCUCUGCUGGAGCGUUCUGCUGGGAAUGCAAUGGAUUCUGAGAAAGGUGCACGGCUUGGAGAAACAGGUGGGCAAGUCUUUGGACUACCUGGAGCCGGGAGCGUCCGGGACCGUCUUCAAGACUCUUCCAUACGGAGUUUCCGGUGGAGGAGGAACAGGUCCGACAGGUGGAGUCAAACCCCCGUACCAAACGUCCCGGAUAUUCUCCACUAUGGACCAAACGCCCAUUAAACCAAAACCACCCAUGAUCAGCUUCCAGAACCCGUACGAAUGGGUCCGAAACCAGUCGAUGCUCCUCGAUCAAACAGGCUACCGCCCGAAACGCAAACCGUCCCUCAAAACCUCCAUGAAGACUAAGAAGAUCUUUGGCUGGGGAGACUUUUACUUCAAUGUCAAGACCCUCAAGUUCAGUCUGCUCGUCACGGGGAAGAUCGUGGACCACGUCAACGGCACGUUCACCGUCUACUUCCGCCACAACUCCUCGAGUCUGGGAAACGUGUCCGUGAGCAUCGUUCCCCCAUCGAAGAUCGUCGAGUUUGAAGUUCUUCAUCCACAGAACCCUCUUCAUCCGGAGAUCCAGUUCCACCAGCCGCAUCAGUCCACCGUCGACCCCAAAGACAUCAAAACCUUCAACUGUCGCGUCGAGUACGAAAAGACGGAUCGCUCCAAGAAGCCCAAACCUUGCCUGUACGACCCGUCCCAGACCUGUUUCACCGAGAACACCCAGUCGCACUCGUCCUGGCUCUGCGCCAAACCUUUCAAAGUCAUCUGCAUCUUCAUCUCCUUCUUCAGCAUCGAUUAUAAGCUGGUGCAAAAGGUUUGUCCGGACUACAACUUUCAGAGUGAACAUCCGUACCUCGGAUGA